AGAACUGCAAGACAACAAAUUGUUGUACCAUACCAGUAAUGGAGACUGAUGGAAAUUGCAAACAACUGAUCGGAAAGAUGGGAAGAGCUCAUAUUCACCUCCCUUUAUCUGCAUGCACUACCCUCUCAUGGAAAAGAAUGUUUAUGUUUUGCCUAAAGGAGAGGAAUCACCGGGCAGACCCUGAGGGACUGUUUACCAAACUGGAGCGGAUUGGAAAGGGGUCUUUUGGUGAAGUCUUCAAAGGAAUUGAUAACCGAACACAGCAAGUAGUUGCAAUCAAAAUCAUUGACCUUGAAGAAGCUGAAGAUGAAAUUGAAGAUAUCCAGCAGGAAAUAACUGUCUUAAGUCAAUGCGACAGUCCAUAUGUAACAAAAUAUUUUGGAUCAUAUUUAAAGGGGACGAAGUUAUGGAUCAUCAUGGAAUAUUUGGGAGGUGGUUCAGCCUUGGAUUUGCUCCAAGCUGGGCCCUUCGAUGAAUUCCAAAUUGCAACCAUGCUGAAGGAAAUCCUCAAAGGCUUAGAUUACCUGCACUCCGAGAAAAAGAUACACAGGGACAUUAAAGCUGCCAACGUCUUAUUAUCGGAGCAAGGUGACGUGAAGUUGGCAGAUUUUGGUGUGGCUGGUCAGCUGACUGACACGCAGAUUAAACGAGACACUUUUGUCGGUACUCCUUUCUGGAUGGCACCAGAGGUCAUUCAACAAUCUGCUUAUGACUCCAAGGCAGACAUCUGGUCAUUGGGAAUCACAGCCAUUGAACUGGCCAAGGGUGAGCCACCCAACUCAGACAUGCAUCCAAUGAGGGUCCUGUUUCUUAUACCCAAAAACAACCCGCCAACUCUCAGUGGAGAGUUCAGCAAGUCCUUUAAGGAAUUUGUAGACGCCUGUUUGAAUAAGGACCCUUCCUUUCGUCCAACAGCCAAGGAGCUGCUCAAACAUAAGUUCAUCAUUAAAAACUGCAAGAAGACCUCAUAUUUAACAGAAUUAAUUGACGGGUACAAGAGGUGGAAAGCAGAAGAACACAGUGAUGAUGACUCCAGUUCAGACGAGUCAGAUUCUGGAAGCAAUGACAAGGACAACAAAAAUGCCAAACCUAUCGAGUGGUCCUUCACCACAGUCCGAAAGAAACCGGAUCCAAAGAAACUGCAGAAUGGAACAGACCAAGAUGUCAAGACGUUAUCAGCAUGUUUAUCAACUGUGAUUGCUCCUCUCUUUGCUGAGCUUAAGGAACAGGAAAGAGGCAAUGCAGAGAAGACUGGAGCAAUAAGUGAACUUGAGAAAAGCAUUAACAUGGUGGAAGCAAGCUGCCCAGGCAUCACAGAGAAGAUGAUAAAGAAGUUAAUAGACAGGUUUCAAAGGUUUUCAGCGACUGAUGCAUCCUAAAGACAUCACCCACCAAUUUGGAUUCUUUUAUCAGACUGAACUGUCCAAACCGAGCUCCGAAUGACACCCCCAGAAAUGGAACAGGGGUGUCUUCUCGCCUCCUUGCACCUUUGUUCUCUCUCAAAACCUUCUGAACUCUUCGGAAUUUUAAACAACGAGCUUUGUCAAAAAAAAAGCACCUGGUGAAGAAAAAGGAAGAAACUCCCAAUUGACUUCAGGAAAGCCUGAAAUAAUUGAUUUUUUUUUAAACAGAGAGGUUCUUCAUCCUGGUUGAUUAUUUAAGUAGAAAUGUCAAACCCUAGCACUGACUUAAGUGCCAUUCUUGAUGGUGAUGUGUGUUUAGGAAAUUGUAAAGCAUUGAUUUUACAUUAAUACCCCACAAAAUCCAACUGUGAUUAGUCGUAAUGCAGCUAGGUGCCUUUCAGAAAUGAGGGAUUUUAUUGUAGAUUGGAGAAAGGUGCCCAUUAAUUCGAAGAGCGGGUAGAGAUAUUUGCUUUCUCCUCUUCUCCCAAAAUGUCUUGUUUCUCUUCAUGUCGGUCCAAUGGGAAAGUACAAAUCAUGCAAAAGAGGUAUAAUGAUUAAGAUUCCCCACUCUGUCACCUUGCCUCAUGGCAAGACCAGCUUUGUGCGAUUUGAGUGUCUACUCCUAAUCCCAUCAUCUUGACUACGGGUAAAAUCAGUGGUUAUCUUAAGCCAAGGAUAUCCAUUCCUGAAAAUAUGGCAAGAGUUAAGCAACUCACUGAAUCAGAUUAAUAUUUUCUGAAUAUCUACGUGGUCCUAUUUGAUUUGGGAUGCACCACUCACUGCUGUUUCUUUGUUGCAGAUAAAUCCCGCUAAUACUAUUUAUAGAUUAAUAGGAAUUCAGAUAGGUACAUUCCCCAGCUGUCCUGAAGGUUCCAAAUGAAUCAGCCUACAUGGUCCUUAAAGACAACAGCUGGAGUUUCCUGAGUUUUGGAAUGUGUUCCCAACAUAUUGACCCAUUAUGCUGACUGCUCUUUAUAACAUCUUAUAGUUCAUUACUUGGUAUUAGUUCACAUAUCCUGUUGAAGACUAAAGUAAAUCUUUAAUAGGAAUGGAGCAUUGCUGCAAAAUAAAAAGACAUUGUCAGAGCUUUCUUUUUUUGUCUUGUACUUGUCAGGACAGACGCAAGAAUCCCAAAUUUCAAAGGGAAGAACAAUUUAGACAGUAUGGGUAAAGGAUGCUAAUUGGUUGGGAAGUUGAUUCUGAUUGGCAUUAAUGGAGAAUGUACUGUAGAGUUAUUGCAGUCCCUCCUCCCACAUCCCCUUCACCCUUUCCCUCCUGCCUUUCUCUCCUCCUUUCCCACGCCCUCCCUUCACUUCUCCUUCUCCCUGCUUUUCUCCCCAUCCCCCCUCCCUCCCCUCCGCCCUCCAUCUUUCCUUCCUCACUUCCUCCAAUUCUCCUCCCCCUCCUCCUCUCCCCUCCACCCAUUUUACCCUUCCUCCUCCUGGCCUCACGAUGCCUUUAAUUCGAAAAGUGCACAAAUACUAUUGUUGCAAAGGGCAGGUCCUCGCAAAGGAAUAUAUCUGCCUUCUAUUAAGCGUAAGUGCCGUACAUUGCAAAUCUGGCUGAUGAUCUUAAAUUGCUUGUUCAUGUCUUUCGCACAUUCCUGUGUUGUCUGGAAACUGAAAGAACAUGGUCCGGUCUUUUUUGCCCUUUUCUGCAUUAACAACAUGAGGGCAGGUUGAGUGAUAUUUCCCUGGUGCAUUGUCUAUGGAAAUGCUUUGACCAAUCAACUUGCCAACCAGUCAACUUGCCGACCAAUCUGGACGCUUUCCUCAUACAGUGUAAAUUGUUGCCCCCUUUGAAACUUGGCAUUCUUGUAUUUGUCCUGAUGCGUGCAAGACCAGAAGCUCUGACAGUUUCGCCUUUCAGCAAUGCUCGGAGCUCUGUAUGGCCCAAGCAAAUAACUUUGGGCAUUGUUCAGACAAAGCAGACAUCUCUGCUUCUGAUGCCCAUGUUUUAUGUGGCUGCACAGCUCAUGUGCGGAAGCCAACUUCUUUUUACAGGAUUCUGCAGUCUCUUUGGAACCAUCUUACAUUCUGCCUCAAGAAAAGGCAAGAAAUUCUAUUUAAAACAGCAGCAUUAUCACUUGCUUACAAAAACAAAGCAAGUUACCCUUUCACUCGCUCCUUUCAUACUGUUGGCCAUACUUACUUGACCUUUAGGCCUUGGGUUCCUACAAAAAUAACCUCAAAAUCAACCCCCAAUUGAAGAAUGGGAUUGAGAGAGAGAGAGAACUGCGUUUGUAUAUAUUUUCUUGCCAAUCAUCCCAUUGCUCCACAGCAACACUCUUCCCUAUGCCCUCCCAAACAGCUAGAUUUGAGGCUCACAUAAUGAAAGCUACUUUCUGUGCCUUCAAGAAGCACCCCCCUCCCCAGUUGUCUCAUUCGAUAACUCGAUUUGGCAAUGCCUGCUUUGAAAGGGAGUGACCUGCUCUGUGUCCCCUUAAUGAUGCAAGAAAGCUGUUGAAAGUGGUCGUAUGAAAAGGCAAUGUGCAGAUAAAAAGCUACUUGCAGACUGUUCACCCCAGUGCAUGAGAAGCGGGAGAGGCCAGUGGAAAACCGGAAUUAACAGACUUGUCCCAUCAUUCACUGGGGGGGCCAUGGAGGGAGUUGAUUGGUGGUCAAGAGGGGAGAUGGGAGAUAAUUGCUGAGCAAUCCACGACAAGUCAGGAAGAUAUGUCCACAAUAUGAGUUUGAAUGAGAUUCUACAUUUUUCUUCUGUAAUCUUGUCAAGUAGCUGAGCUACUUGCUGCUGCAGUCUUCCUUCACAGCAGAAGGCAUGCAAUAAAUUCUACGAAAAUACCUUUUAUCCAAUCUCUAUAAAUUAUUAAGAAGUCCUCUUCUCUUCAGGUCCAGUCUCCGUGUUAACUUCCCUUGCUCUCAGUAUAUUUGUAGACCCCUUGGAGGUGGGAGGGGGUCACAGUUGUUUCUAUCUGUUGUCAAUUUGUAACACCACAGUUGUGUGCAGCUUCUUUUCAAAGUUCCUCAGAACGGCAUCAGAAUAAAAGGUCAGAUGCCCGAUGAACACAGUUGACCAGUUGCUUUUGACAUCCACUUCAGGAAGUGUUUGAGGCAGUCUAUGUCUCUAGAUGCAAAAAAAAAUAUUGGAAGUCGGUCAAUCUCCCUUGUUUGUAAAAAUAUGAUGAAAUAUUCCCAUUCACUAUGGAUAGAGGAGGGCUGGCGUACCAGUGAUGUCUCCAAAAUAUUGGAAAAUUGGAGGUCUCUUUAUCACCCCUCUCCCACUAGUUACACUCCUUUGUCAGAAUGCCCAUUAACCGGCAAGAUGGCUAUCCCAUUCAACAGAACUAAAAGAACAAAAGCACAGAAUUGAAGUGUAAAACUGUGCUUGAAUAUGAGGGGCUCUGUUCAGUUCUGAGUUCUCAAUGUGUGCUGAAAUAAUUUGGGAAGGAUUUGCACUCCCCAAAUUGGUGGAUCUAGUCAGGACUCCCAGGAAUGGACAGUUCUCCAUAUCUAGCCUGAGAGAGAGAACUGCUUGUGUAUAUAUUUUGUUGCCAAUCAUCCCAGGAUGUUUACACUUUCCUUCUGACUCUUUAGUUCUGUUUUGUGCAGGACACAAUGUAAAGAUAUACCAUUGCAUCUUGCUUUUUUUUAACCUGCUCUGUAAAUUUUACCUUUGUGCGAAAUUUCUGUUUUGAUAUACAAAUAUAUAUAUAGUUCGCUUAGUCGUAUUUUGCCAAAUAUUUCAACAAGUGAUUGGUUUGUGCAUGGUAAUUAGGCAACAUAUCAAUGGCAGAAUAGAAUUUAGAUGCCACUAGUGUUCUGAUGCACAUCAUUUCACACACUGUUGUUGGAGCCCGGCAUAUAUCGCAGUUUGCCAAGUAUUACACUUUAGCCAGUACCAGUUGCAAUAAUAUUUACCCAGUCAAAUCGUCCUGAAAGUGACAAAAAUCAGGCCAAUUUUUUUUCUAGGUUUAAACAGAAAUUAUCAUUUUGGAGGUAAUUUUGUAAAAGCCACAAUUAAUGUCUUGAUUGAAAGCAAUAUUUUUGUAAGUGUGUAUAAAAAAUGGUAGCGGUGUAAAUAUAGAAAUAUGAGAGGAGGGGUGAGCGAUCUGUGUUUGCAAGAUCUGUGACCAUUAGUCUUGUAAAUCUUAUUUUGUAGAUAACAUUUGUUAUUCUUAGUCAUGGGUUUUGAAUGGUUUUAUGAAUAAAUAUUUAAAUGAUCCUCA